UGUCGCAGUACAGCAUGAAUGAAUCACACGCAGACAGCAGCAGCAGCGCGCAGCUCUCAUAUGACAAGGCAGGUACAUACACGCACACACGCACACACGCACACACACACACACACGCUGAUGCGCCUUUAACACUCCAUGCGGGACACACGCGUCAUGCUCACAUCAUUGGCCAAAGCUGGAGACGAGCACACUUAAUGAUAAAAAACAUUUGUUGAAAAAGAUUCCCGUCAAAUCGGGUUUUAGAAUAAAUCAGUGUCCCACGAAAAGCUGUCAGAGGUGGGCGUUUCUCUGUCACUGGGUUAUUAGAAGCACUUAGAGAUGAAGCAGCUCAGAUGAUGACUGACUGAGGCAGCAUGAACCAUCGGCCUGACCAAAUAUUUCACAGCGCAUUUCUUGGCUAACACGCCACUCUAAUGGGUGAUGCAGAUAAACCGAGUCAGGAGGAGCUGAAGGGAGACGGUGGUGUGACAACAGCCUCCACCACUGUCACUUCCACCACCCCCACAGGCACCUCCAUUCCUCUGGGAAACAUCUCGUCAGACAGACAGGCAGUCCAGGUAAUUCAGCAGACGCUGCACAGACCACAAAGCAUGACAGCUCAGUACCUGCAACAGAUGUAUGCAGCUCAACAACAACACAUCCUGCUGCAGACAGCAGCGCUACAACAGCAACAGCAACAUCAACAAAACCUCACCGCUGCACAGAUUCUGACAACUACAGACACGGCUGCACAGACUAAUGGCAGUCAGUUCAUCUCGUCCCCUUCAUCAUCCCAUGGAAAUGGGCCUCAGUUGGCUAAUGUGACCCAAACAUCAAUCCCCAUACCAACCUCUCCUGUAACUCAGCCAAUGGCUCGUAUCCAGGUCACUAGCUCCAGUAGUACAGGAGGGGCCAUUUCCCAGCAGGCCAUGCUUCUAGGAAACAGCUCUCCCACAGGCAGCCAGGCCCAGAUGUACCUGCGUACUCAGAUGCUGAUUCUUACUCCCGCUGCCACUGUAGCUGCCGUCCAGCCUGAUCUGACUGUCGUGAGCUCAAUCUCCUCUCAAUCAGCAUCAUCACAGGUUCAAAGCUUGGCUCUUCGCACACAUCUUCCUGGAGCUCUCACUACUUCACAGAACAUCCAGAUCAAGCCUCCUCUCCAGGGUCAGACGCUGGUGUCUCCCCCUCCCAAGAUGUCCAUUUGCCCACUCAAGUCCACACAGCUGCCCCAGAACCUGGUAGAAACAUCUAGAAGCGUGUCAGUGUUGAACAACGUGACUCAGACACCAUCCGCCCAACCAGCCAUUCCUCCUUCAACGUUCACACCCGUCCAGUCUCAUCAACUGAUCAGACACCAGCUGCACUGCCCAUCCGGCCCGAGGGUGGCACCACAGCACCUGAUCAUCCAGCAGAGCUCCAGCACUCACAGACAGCUCCAUCCCAUUACUCUGAGGGUCACAGCGCAGGACGGCUCUCCUACACCUUUUACUCUGCAUACCAGAACGACACCCACGACAGCCACUGUCCAAUCACAGCAAACCGAACUCCUCUCAGUGCCCUCCUCCACAAACCAAACAGCCAAUCAGACUAAAUACACAUCUCCGCCAGCAGUGCUGCCCGAUCCUCCACCUCUUCAUCUGGGCCCAGCACUGGAGCCAGUGUCCCAGUAUACCCCACUGUCCUGCCCUCCUCCUCUAAAGCUGGUCCAGCCACAGAGACUGGCUCUGCGCUCAGUUCAGGCUGUAGAGGUGCAGUCGGACCACACGCUGCUGUCUGAAGAGGAGCUGCCCCUCACUGAAGCUGUACUUCAGCUGCCUUUUCAGAGUCUGCCACCACCACAGACUGUGGCUGUGGAUCUAAAGGUGCAGCCGGCAACACAAACUGAAGCAUCGCAGGUGACGCCAUUGUUGGAGAGUGAAAACCUGACUCUGGUGACAGAUGCAGAACAUGCGAGUCCACCUCAGAAUAGCAGAACGUCCUCUUCUCCAACACUCUCCCAAUCGGAUGAACCACAGAGAAGCUCUGAUGUUGUAACAGAUCAACCAGAAAACUUGACAGCUGAUCAGGAGCAGCCAUGUGUACCAUCAAGCCGAUCAGUGAUUCGGUCACCGGAGGAGCCCACACAUGCCACCAGCUCGCCCUCUCCCCUCCUCUCCUCUGCGGUAAGAAGCUCCAGCAGGCUCUCCUCCGCCAGCCUUCCAGAGAGCCCUGAGGGUCGGCCCUCACAGGCCAUCAGUAGACCCCACAUCCUCACACACCUCAUUGAGGGCUUCGUCAUCCGAGAGGGCCUGGAGCCGUUCCCGGUGAGACAUGUUUCCUUAGAAAUGAACCUGCAGGCCACACUGCCAGAAAACAGAGAAGAUGGAGAAUCAGCCCUGAUAGAUGCGGACCAUCCAGACAGCUCCAGUGACUCCGAUAUUGAUGACCCACCAGCAGAGGACGAACAGACAGUUGAAAAGCUGCCUGAAGUCCUGGAAUGUGAGUUCUGUGGGAAAAGGGGCUUGGCUCAGGCCUUUCUCAGAUCCAAACGCUUCUGCUCCAUGACAUGCGCCAGAAGAUUCAACCUGAGAUGUAAAAAGCGUCUAAACCGAUUGAGAGAAGAAAAGGUCACCUAUUGGCCCCACAGAUCCAUGGGAAAGCGAGGAAGACCAUCCAGAUGCUUAAACGGCAGUGCUAGAGAACACUUGCCCAGGCCGCAGCUCCAAGGGUCCCAUCAAGCCAGCGACAACCAGAUGGUGUCCAAUUCAGUGUGGAUGGAAAGAGAGGAGGAGGAAGAUCCACCAGGUCCGAUGACAACAAGACUGCGUUUACAAGCUGAAAGAGAGAAGGAGCAGAACAGAGAGCAAGAGCAGAGCCGAGUGGAAAGCAGCAGCGGCUCGGAGCUUCUCCUGGACUCUAGUCCGUCACAGUGGAGUGUGGAGCAAGUGUGCUCCUUCAUCAGCACUUUACCAGGGUGUCAUGAUGUGGCUGCAGAGUUUGGCUGUCAGGAGAUUGAUGGACAGGCUCUGCUUCUGCUUACAGAGGAUCACCUCAUGAGCGCAAUGAAUCUCAAACUGGGACCUGCACUCAAGAUCUGUGCGCACAUAAAUACUCUCAAACAAACUUAAGACCGUCACAUCCUCCUAAAGUGCCAUGAUUCCAGUGCAUGGCCAUUCAACAACAAACACUACACACCUUCUUCAUAUACCUCAAAGUUUAUUGAUGGAGUUGUCUUGGGUUUCAUUCCAUUCAAUCUGAUUAAAGUUUUGUUUAAAUAUGUAAAUCUAAGUUCUGACCUUGUGCACUGUAUUCAUAGUAAACAGACCUACUGGAAAGUUAGAUUAAGAAAGUCACAACUUGUGGGAGUUGGUACAUAUUGUGUAAAGUAUUUAAUUUUUGUUUUACAUAACACUGUUUAAAGGAACACUCCACUUUUUUUUUUUUUUUGGAAAAACCCACUAGAGUUAAACAGUUCAGAUUUACUGCUUUUUAGCCGAUUGCCUGGUUUGGCAGGAGCACUUUUAGCUUAGCUUAGCAUAGAUCAUUGAAUCAAUUUAGACCAUUAGCAUCUUGCAUAAAAAUGAGUUUUGAAAAAGUUCCUAUUUAAACCUUGACGCCUCUGUAGUUUUAUUGUGUACCAAGACCAACGAUAAUGAAGGGAAAAAGUCUCCAUGGUUUCAAGGUUUUCAGGAGCUGUGUAAUAUCAUUGCGACAGCUAUAGAAUAGCAGCAAAGUUCCUUGAUUAUUACACCGGAAUGACAGUAUAGUAUCUAGCUAUAUCCACAAUGGUCGAGAGAACUUAACAUGAUGCAAUUUAAAAAAAACUAUUACAAAAAACGCCAGCAUAUCGAGAAAAGAUCUUCAUUAGUUUGACAGGGCACAUGCUGCAAAUCCUCACAACGCAAACACAUAAAAAGAACAGCCUGCAUUUUACUACAACACAAACUUCAAUAAAACGCGCUGCAUUUUCUCACAGCACAAACAUUUAAUGAAAACGUGCUGCAUUUGUAAACAACUGAAAUGUUUUAAGGAGACCCUAAAACGUGACGGACCCAGCUAUUUAGGUUAUGGUUAUUUAGGCUAAUAAAUACUAAUCACAUGGAAAUUGGGACAUUAAAACUAGUCACGGCACAGUGGCGUCCGUCACGUUUUUGGGUUCACUUGAAACAUUUGCGUUGUAUUUUGUUUUUUGUUUUUUGUGUUGUGAGAAAUGCAGAGUGUUUUAUUUAUGUUUGUGUUGUGGGAAAAUGCAGCAUGCUUUUAAUGUGUGUGUUGUGAGGAUUUGCAGCAUGUGUACAGUCAAGCGGAUGAACCUCUUAAUUUGCUGGUGUUUUUUGUAAUUGCAUGUGUUUUCUUAAAUUGCAGCAUGUUUAGCUCUCUCGGCCACUGUAUAAAUCAGCCUAGGGGAAAAAAGCUACUUUUCAUUUUCUAUCAGUAUUAGUACACAGUGUAACUACUAGCUAAACUAAGCUAAGCUAAUUGUCUUCCAGCCAGACCUGGAAAUCAGCUAUUGGAUUCUAAAAUAAUAAAACUCAACUGUUUACUUUAGAAGAGUUGUAAAACGAGCUUUAUUUUGUUCCUUUAUUAUGAAAAGAAGCUCUUUCCAGAAAACGUCACUGUUUACAAAAAUAAAGAGUAUAUAACGUGUGUUGAAAAAUAAAGAUUUAUUGAUAAACA